ACGCCCCUUCCCUGUGAUUGGCUGCCAGGAGCUGGGCUGAUGCAUGAAAUGGUAGUGGCUUUGCCAAAGGCGUUGCACUUGCAGAGAGAAGGAAAGGCGCAUUGCUCUUUGCGUGUGGAAGAGUGCAGCGUGCCAUUGCCAGCAUGACUCAGGCAGAGUUUGACAAAGCUGCAGAAGAAGUUAAAAAGCUGAAGUCCAAGCCAACAGAUGAAGAAAUGCUGGCAAUAUACAGUCAUUUCAAACAGGCAACCGUUGGAGAUGUAAAUACAGACCGUCCUGGAAUGCUUGACUUUAAAGGCAAAGCCAAGUGGGAUGCCUGGAAUAAUUUGAAAGGAAUGUCCAAAGAAGAUGCAAUGAAAGCAUAUAUAGCAAAAGUAAAAGAACUACAGGAAAAAUAUGGAAUGCAAUAAGAUCCAACCUGCAUGCCUUUGUGGGAAAAUGCCUUACUAAUACUCCUGUGGGUAAAGAAACAGCACUACUCUGUGCUGCAGUGCCAAGAGUGGGUGCCACUUAGCCACUGAUAGCUGUGUAAAUCUACUUCUAAUGGUUUAUAGAAUAAAACGGUUAAAUUCCUAAA